AUGUCGUUCCGACGACGACUGAAAGGAAAACAACCUCCGGAUGGUUGGGACUUGAUCGAAGAUACCAUCGAAGAUUUCGAGGCGCAGAUGAGAGACGCCGUCAGCGAAGAACACGAAGGAAAAAGAAAGAACGAAUUGACGUGGAGAAUCCAUCGAAUUCAUUGGGAGAAGAAUCGUUUUAUAUUCGAUUUAAUGUACAAGAAGAAGGUGAUGGACCGUAAACUGUACGAUUAUCUGGUGAGAGAGAAGAUUGCCGAUCAACCUCUGAUAUCGAAAUGGAGGAAACCUGGGUACGAGAACUUGUGUUCUUUGCUGUGCAUACAAAAGAGUUCGACGAAUUUUGGGACCACGAGUAUUUGUAGAGUACCCAUAGCGCAGCGCAGCGGGCAGGCGAGGUUAACUCCGAACGUGAAAACCGGAUGCAUCUCGUGCUUUUCCGGAGACGGAAUAAUGGGCGGACCAAUCUGGUGGAACACGAACUUGUCCGAGAAAAUCAUCACGAAAGUUAAAGAAGGGAAGAGGAAAGCGGAAGAAGCCGGGAUCGCUGACGGAGAGGAGGAAGAUCCAGAAUAG